CCCCCCAUCCCUAUCUGCCAUUCUGAUUCAUUAUUAUUCCCGAGAAGGGAAAGGCUCUUCUUUUUUUUCUCUUUUAUCUCUUCUCACACACACACACACACACACACGCAGACGCAGACAGAGACAGAGUUUCCAUUCGGAAGCAACAGUGUGGCCUUUUCAUUGCAUUCCUUUAUCAAAUCUUUUGGGCUUCCCAUCAUCUCCUCUUCCUCCCUUCAUAUCCUCUCCCCCAUUUGUUCCAUGUUAUCCAUUUUCCUCACCUUUUGCUUUUGUUGAGAACAUUCAGAUUCGUAUUCAGAUUCAGAAGACAAUGACGGGGUGGAGAAGAGCGUUUUGCGCAUCCAUUCCUAAACAUGAUACAGACUCCAACCGGAUUGCCAAUGAAGCCCAAAGCCCCCGAAUCAGCUCUAAAUUCGGCUUUUUCUCUAACCCAUCAACGCCUCGCCCCGACAACCCUGGCCUUGGUCUCCGAUGUCGAACCUCGGUUGCCACUGUUCCUACCACACCUUCUUCAUCCACUCCCAAUAGCCCAAAGCUGAUGACCCAAAACAAAACCACUGCCUCCAGAUUGUUCUCCCAUUUCUCCAAUCCUUCUUCUCCCAAAUCCCCUUCCACUUUCUCCCUCCUCAGAACCGGCUUACGAAUCUCUAAGAGUAAGUGUGGAAUCUGCUUACAAAGCGUUAGAAGAGGACAAGGAACCGCUAUUUUCACAUCAGAAUGCUCGCACUCCUUUCACUUUCCUUGCAUCUCUGCCCACAUCAAGAAGCAUCGGAUUGUGGCCUGUCCUGUUUGUAGCUCCGUCUGGAACGAAGCUCCGUUGCUCGAUGCUCUAACUCCUCUUAACCAACCGAUCCAGACGGAUAAGACGAGAGGUGUAGAAUCCAUCGAACUCAAAUCGAAGACGCUCAAAGUUUAUAACGAUGACGAGCCUUUGAUGUCCCCAACUUCCCGUGCUCGUUUCAAUCCCAUACCGGAAUCCGACGAAAACGAAGACGAUGAUGAACAGGAUGGCGCAGUCGAGUUUCAAGGUUUCUUUGCUACAUCUGCACCAUUAGCCUCUCCCAAAUUACCCAACAUUGUGAAAAAUGUUGAAGUAAGUCUAUUGCCUGAGGCUGCGGUGGUCGCAGCCGGUCGCAACUACGAGACCCAUGCGGUGGUAUUGAAGGUCAAGGCUCCGGCUCGAUCUGCAAGGACGUCUUCAUCGCCGACGAAUCGGAACCUUCGUCCUCCAAUCGAUUUGAUAACUGUCUUGGAUGUGAGUGCGAGCGCGAAUAGCGCCAAACUCCAGAUGGUGAAACGCACUAUGCGAUUAGUCAUUUCUUCGCUCUGUUGCACAGACCGCCUCUCGAUUGUGGCCUUCUCCGCCAGUUCCAAGCGACUGUUGUCUCUGCGGAGAAUGACCUCCAAUGGCCGCCGAUCGGCGCGUAGAAUCGUCGAUUUGCUCUGCGAAGUUGGUCAAGGAGCGUGCAUUAACGACGCCAUAAAGAAGGCAGCUAAGGUUCUCGAAGAUCGGCGGGAGAGAAAUUCCGCCGCUAGUAUCAUCCUCAUUUCCGACGGUCUCGAUGACCGCGUUGGAGCUUCUUACUUCAGCAACUGCAAGCGAUCGUCUCCAGUUGUGUGCUCCACGCGCUUCCCCCACCAGGAGAUUCCCGUUCACGUCGUCUCCUUCGGCGAUGGCCCUGCGCCGCCGGAAGACGCGCUGGCCAAAUGUGUUAGCGGCUUGUUGAGCGUGGUAGUUCAGGAUCUCAGACUCCAACUCGGGUUCGUAUCUGGUUCAAGCACGGCCGAGAUCGCUGCGGUCUAUUCACUUUCUGCUCGCCCGAUAGCCCUCGAACCCGGUUCGAUCCGGAUCGGCGAUCUCUCUUCUGAAGAAAUCCGAGAAAUGCUAUUGGAAUUGAAAGUGCCAGUUUCGUCGAUCGGGACCCACCCGAUAUUGUCCGUACGAUCCAUUUUCAGGGACACGUCAUCGCCAUCGCAUGGGCUUAUUUGUUCUAAACAACAUGCAUUGCCAGUACCCAGGCCGCGGGCCGUCCGAUCGUCCGGUUCGAACAUCGAACGGCUGAGGAACCUUCACGUCACAAUCCGAGCUGUAGCCGAGUCGCAGCGGUUGAUGGAACACAAUGAUUUCUCGGCAGCUCAACACUUGGUGUCAUCGGCUCGAGCCCUGCUGCUGAAACAAUCCGCUUCCUCAUCGGCUAGCGAGUACAUAAAAGGCUUAGAUGACGAGUCAGCUGCGCUGAGCCGACGGAAACAGCAGCAGAGACAAAGCCAAAGACAGAACAACAUCACGGCAGAACGAGAGGUAAGGCGAGUAGACGAAAAGCUUGAACAGGUAACGCCGACAUCGGCUUGGCGAGCCGCGGAAAGACUGGCUAAGGUGGCAAUUAUGAGGAAGUCGAUGAAUAGAGUCAGCGAUUUGCACGGCUUCGAAGAUGCCAGAUUUUAAUUCAAAUUUAAUAAAUAUAAAAAAAAAAAUAAUAAAUCAUUCUUGAAAA